AUGGCGUCAAAGCAACAAAGCAGAGAGAAGCUUGAUGAGAGGGCCAAGCAAGGAGAAACUGUCGUUCAAGGAGGCACCGGCGGCAAAAGCCUCGAAGCCCAAGAGCAUCUCGCUGAAGGAAGGAGCAAGGGAGGGCAGACGAGGAAGGAGCAGCUAGGCACUGAGGGUUACAAGGAGAUGGGACGUGAAGGAGGACUCAGUACAAUGGACAAAUCUGGUGCAGAGCGUGCGGAGGAAGAAGGAAUCAAAAUCGACCAGUCGAAGUUCACCAACAAGUGA